GAACCAAAACUUGGACUUCGCCUGGGGAGAAAACUGCUGAUAUCCAAAGCAUUCAGGAUGAUUAUCCUCCAAAAAGGAUAGCAGCAAAGUGACAGAUCCGUAGCCUAUUUCGACUAGAUUUACACUGCAAGUUUUAGUUCUACCCGAAUAGGCUACAACUUGCACGCUGUAUAGGUUGCAUAGCCUAGGUAAUGCGCCACAGAAACAAUGUUUUGAAGCAUGGCAGUGUUGGUUGUGAAAAUCCAAAAGGCUAAGAAAAAGAAGGCGUGUCUUAUCUCAAUGCUCUGAAAAAACAAAACUGAAAAACAAUGUUGUUGCCUCUAGACCAGGCGCGCCUGUUGAAGCAGCGACCUCUAUCGGAAAAGAUUCGCACGACCUUUAGGCUACUUUGGAAAUGUGUGUGCGUCUACCUGAUUCACAAACCAAUAAGUCGCUGUGUGAAUCCUGUUUUAUAAAACGUAACUCAAGUCUUAGAGGCCCAAUAUGCUAAUUGUUAAUAGCAUUAGAAAACUACUGAUUUGUGGUGUUGACAAGGUGGUAGGUAGCCUACUGGCUACCAUGUUAAAAACCUUGUUAAAAGCAAGCAGCGGAUCUAAUAUGAUAGCCUACAAGCAACAGUGGAUAUAAUUCAGGCCCAUACAAACUCUGUUCAAUUGACCAUUAAUGUCACUCAUCGGUUAGUUACUAGUUGCUAUGCAUUUCACUUUUAAUAAUGCUCAUUUUAGUUCGCAGCUGUUCAUUACGCAAAACAGGUGGGCAUUUUAUGUUGUUGGCGACGCUAACCACCUGAUCAGUCUGCUCAUCUGUGUGCUUUGGGAGAAGUAAACGGCGGAAUAUCGAGUUCUCUCGCGCGUUUAGGACUUUAAUUGCCUUUUAAUUGAUGUGAGAUAUUCUAGGGAAGAUAAGUGAGACAUAGCCAGUUGGCAUCCUCCUGCAGCUCAGGCGCUCGCACCUGCCAGGCAAAAAACAACUGGAGCGCCCUCGGUGUCAGCGCGCGCUUUAACAGCUGGCUCGCGCGUCUGGUUGCAGUUGAGCGCGAAACACCUCGUCCAAUGGAUAAACAAAGAAAACACAAGCAAGCAACACGUUUUAUGGACGCUUGAGGCACUUCCUGAACGUGAUUGAUCCACGCACCUUGUUGGUGUCAGAGAGUCAACUGAAGGCGAGUGUGCGAAUGCUGGAGCAGUUUAAGGAUGGAACUCUCCCACCAGGUGUGACCAACGCUCAGCUGUGGAAAUCCCAGAAAAUAAAACAGGCCAUCAUUCAUCCAGAUACAGGAGAGAAAAUCUUCAUGCCUUUCCGGAUGUCAGGCUAUAUUCCCUUUGGCACACCAGUGGUGGUGGGACUGCUUCUUCCUAAUCAGACGCUGCUGUCCACAGUCUUCUGGCAGUGGCUGAACCAGAGCCACAAUGCCUGUGUGAACUACAGCAACCGGAAUGCCUCCCAGCCGACGUCAGGAUUCAAGUUCUUUCAAGGCUAUCUGGGUGCAGUGACCAGCGCGGUGUCUAUUGCUGUGGGACUAAGUGUGCUCGUCCAGAAAGCAGAGCGGUUCAGUCCGGCCACCCGCUUGCUUGUCCAGAGAUUUAUCCCCUUCCCAGCAGUCGCCAGUGCCAAUGUGUGUAAUGUAGUCCUGAUGCGGUACUCGGAGCUGCAGGAGGGCAUCAGUGUGCUGGACGACCAGGGGAAAGUGGUGGGCACUUCACAAGUAGCAGCUAGACAUGCAAUCAUGGAGACGGCUAUGACGCGAGUGGUCCUUCCGAUGCCCAUCCUGGUCCUGCCCCCCAUUGUCAUGGCGUUCCUGGAGAGGUCGGCCUUGCUGCAGAGGCGUCCGCGUCUGGUGCUGCCGAUGCAGAGCCUGGUGUGCCUGGCUGCCUUCAGCUUAGCCCUGCCCCUCGCCAUCAGCCUCUUCCCCCAGCACUCACAGAUCCAUGUGUCUCUGCUUGAACCAGAAAUCGCAGCAAUGACAGACUGUGAGGUCAUGACCUAUAACAAGGGUCUUUAACCAACCACUGACCGGCAUUACUUCAGUCAAGAAUCCCUCCCACACCUAAUAAGGGAAGAGUUACGUAAACUUCAGAAGCACAGAUGCAAUAUCAAUCAAUAUCUAUGUACUAAUACACGCAUAUGCAUAGGCAAACACAAGUGUACACACUAAAUAAUAAUAAUCUACGCCUGUGGUCAAGAGACAUUCCCUAAUCAUCAAUAUACCAAUGAGAACUUUUACACACACAGACACACAGACACACACACACGCACGCACGCACACGCAAGCACACACACACACACACACACACACACACACACACACACACACACACACACACACACACACACACACAAAGCAGCUGCCGAUCUGAGCCCAUUUUAAUAUGUCCACUACCCCUCGGUAGAUGUUUGUAUCGCUAUAAUCACGUCUUGUCAAAAGGAUGAGAGCCUAAAGUUCAUGGCCUUUUCUAUCCUUUUUCUUAUGUGAUAUGGAGAUUCUUUUUUUGCCUGGAGACAAACAUAUCAGUGUUUACAUGUAUUUUUUAUUAAUCUAACAAAUAAAUUACAGUAACUAUUUCUA